AUGGCUCGGCUCCUUACGAUUCCGAUCAGGCCAUACAACUACAUGAGCGGAGCGGGGGGAUCUAUGAAUGCGACCCAGGUGGUCGAGACGGGGACGCCGGCGGCGAUCUAUCUGACGGCCGAUCCGCAAUCGCUGGACCGAGUGAGCGACCAAGACCUGAGGCUGCUUGGCCAACAGAUCGCAGGCUACCAGCUCGUCCCAAAGACCACCAGCACGACUCCAUCACCUCCUCCACCAUGCGACAGGUCACAGGGCAGUCUGCGGCCGAUCAACUUGCUUCAGACUGGCGACGUUCAGACCAACGACGGCCCCGUUGCCGGCGGCUCCUCCUCCUCCUCCAGCCACUCCCAGCCGACUUGCUCCAGACUGACGACGGGCUCCUCCUCCUCCUCCAGCCACUCCCAGCCUGCCCAGCAAAGGCUACAUCGUCCCCGGCCAAGACCCCUCAACGGACGACAAGUUCUACGUCUCCUCCUCCGCAGCUCCGUCCCGUCCCUCAGCCCCCAAAACUCCGCCCUUACUGAUCUAGUCUCCUCACCUCACUCUUAG